CUGGCUGAGAAUUUCACAUUGAGCCUGUGAAGGCUGUAGUUAUUAAGUAUGCUAGAAUCCGAGAACUAAAUGUUUAAGUCAUACACCGAGUGGUUUCGCAAGCUGCGUAAUAUUUUUUCUGGGUUAUCUCAUGGCAUAUCUACUAUACACGGGAUUCGCAGCCGCCAUAACAUCAAUCCUGGUCGAAAAUUUAGGAGCAAAUGCAAACCUAAACAAUGUGAACAUAGAAAGUCUUCAUUUAAUAAGCCCUGAAUGUACGCGCUCUUACAUAAAAGACUUUCAACGACAUUUCCUUGUUACUGAGUACGUUAAUAACCUCGGUGAACUUUUUGAACAAUUGGAUAAAAAUAACAGGAUCGGCGUGGGGCCUGAAAUCUCACUACAACAAUAUAUGGUGAACAAUUUCAAUUCUGAUCGAUUGUCAGAAUUUCAGACCAUGAAACUGGACAUAACGUACAGUCAAGGGUUUCUCACGCUGCGAAAUAACCCGUGGAGGAAAAUUGUGGACAAACAUAUUGUGGCCCUCGACGAAUCUGGAAUACUCAAAAAAAUGCUUCAAAAAAAUUUACGACCGGUGUCAAAUUUUAACCAGAACUCGGGCUACUCGAGUGCUAGUAAAGAACACGUAGGUUCAGCAAGUGUACUGUUUUUAGGUGGUGUUAUAAUCGCCUUAGUGUUCUUCGUGGCGGAAUUGGUGCUUUACCUUUACAAGAGAGGGCAGAAGCAUAAUCAAAAGAAAACUAAAAAUUAAUUGUUUAUUACA